GCCUUGACUCUGGCUUAACUGUGUGCAGUAACGGGCUGCACAUAUGGGACCAUGAAUGCGGUUCCUAAUGAGCUCCAACUCUUUGUCUUUGGGAGGAGGAAGAGGUCGUGCCCAGAGCUGGAGGAUCUACCCUGUGUGCUCUGAGACCUUCGUCCGUUGGUGGGCUCGUGGAGAAUGCUCGCUUGUUUGGCCAGGGGGAAUUUACUCGAUAUUCUUCAGGAGGGCUUCACGGAGAAGUCCCUGAAUAUGAACGAGUGUCCCAAGACGUCUGAUCCCAACACAGCACUCUGAUGUUUAGAAGGCUGGAACAACAACUACAGGCAUAUGUGGCCUGGGUGAAUUCCCAGCUGAAGAAGAAGCCAACAAUAAAGCCAGUCCAAGACCUGAGACAAGAUCUCCGAGAUGGAGUUAUUCUUGCUUUGCUCAUUGAGAUUGUAGCUGGUGAGAAGCUGAAUGACAUUCAGGUCAACCCCACCAGCCAGCAGGAGAUGAGGGAAAAUGUGGAUAAAGUCUUACAGUUUGUGGCAUCAAAAAAGAUCCGCAUGCAUCAGACAUCAGCAAAAGAUAUUGUUGAUGGGAACUUGAAAUCUACCAUGAGGCUGAUCCUGGCCUUAGCUGCUCAUUUCAAACCAGGCUCCGGGAGAGCAAUGAAUCAUAGCCCUGCUGGCAUGGUGGGGAAGAGCUUGUCAGCAUCAUCUGCUAGUCACAGGCCUCGCUCAGCUGCUGCAGUGGCCCAAGGGGCGGUGGCUGCUCUGGCAGAUGUUCGUCAAGAUGUCUUGCAAUCUGGCCGGGAUGUUUUCCGGCACAGACAGAGAAAGAGUAGCAUGGAUGAGGAGAUUGAAAACCCUUACUGGAGUGUCCGAGCACUGGUGCAGCAGUAUGAAGGGCAGCAGAACAUGCCAUUGGAGUCCCACUCUUCCAGUCUUACAUCGCCUAGUCCUAUCCAUAGUGCGAAGAGUGAAUCCACCGUAGCCCCAUCAGAGGAGAAGGAAAGACUUGUGAUCAUCCCCACUGAAGAAACAGAAACUAAACCAAAAGAGACAGAAUCUCGUUUCCAGCCUGAGUGGCAAGCAGGGAACCCUGGGUCAUAUUUUGAGAAUUCAUGGGAGGAGCAGCUUUUGGAACAACAGGACCAUUUGGAAAAGGAAAUGGAGGAAGCAAAGAAGAUGAUUUCAGGUUUGCAGGCUUUGUUGCUCAAUGGGUCUUUACCUGAGGAUGAGCAGGAAGGGUCCUUUGAACUUUGUGAACGUGGAGCCUGCCCCGAAGAGCAGCUGAUCAUAAUCCAAAGUCGCCUGGACCAGAGUGUGGAAGAAAAUCAAGACCUAAAGAAGGAGCUAUUGAAAUACAAACAAGAAGCUCGAAACCUCCAGGGAAUAAAGGAUGCUUUACAGCAAAGGCUGAUUCAACAGGAUGCUUCAGUUCUUCAGCUAAAGCAGGAACUUCUGAGAGCAAACAUGGACAAGGAGGAAUUGCACAACCAGAACGUUGACCUUCAGAGGAAGAUUGAAGAGAGAAACCGGCUACUGGCAGAAUACAAAAAAGAACUGUGCCAGAAGGAUCGGCAUUUACAGCAGCAUCAGACCAAACUGGAUGAAAUGCUUAGGCAGCUUUCUGAGGCCAGCUACCAACAGGUGGAUUUGGAGUGGGAGCUGGAGCAUAAAGAGGCCCUGCUAGCUCACUGCAUGAAGAGAGAAGCUGAAGAGGUGAUGGCUUACAGUGGUCAUAGUGCUCAGAGCAAUGGCUUCCUCCAGACAGCAGGGAAAGGAGCUGUUCCCACAGCCCACCAAGUGACAAAUGACUUGCAGCUGGUUCGUGAUGCCCUUCGCAGCCUCAGGAAUAGUUUCAGUGGCCACGAUCCACAGCACCACACUAUUGAUAGCCUGGAGCAGGGCAUCUCCAGCCUAAUGGAACGGCUGUACCGUGUGGAAACACAGAAGAGGCAAGAGAGAAGGAUCCGGGGGAAAUCACCAGCAAGCAGAGCAACAAAUGAGUGUAGAGACUCCUGGCCUCCUAAAUCCAAACUGCCUCAUUCUCACAGCACACCUGUGAUGAGCACCAGUGCCUGCACCAAAGUGUUGUACUUCACUGACCGUUCCCUCACACCUUUCAUGGUCAACAUACCAAAGAGGUUAGGGGAAGUGACUCUGAAGGAUUUUAAGGUAGCUAUUGAUCGUGAAGGAACUCACCGGUACCACUUCAAAGCCCUGGAUCCAGAGUUUGGCACAGUCAAGGAGGAGGUAUUCCAUGAUGAUGACAUCAUUCCUGGUUGGGAGGGGAAAAUUGUGGCCUGGGUGGAAGAAGACCAUGGGGAGAAUUAAUCAAGCUUUUAAGUCUCGUCACUAUGGAAACCUGUAACUGGCUGCUGAGCUCAAAGAAUGACCAAAAAGCAUGUGUGCUGGAAGGAGUCCAAUUCAAGCUGCCAAAAAAAGAGGGCUUCUCUGCAAACAACGAGUAAUGCAUGUUGUGUGCAUGGACGCCUGGCAUCUGACUUUCUAUAGCCAAAUGCAGACAGUGUUCUGAGGCUGAAAUGACAGGACCAUGGGAAAGAAACACCUUGCUUUGUCAUGUCAACUAAACCCUGAAGGCUUUAAUGAUGCAUUGCUCCCUUCCUCUGCUUCUCCAUUCCUGCAAUAUGUGCUGCAGACUGUGAUCUGUGCAUUUCAAGUCUGGUUUCUUGUAUGUGGUAUUACCGAAGUUUGCACUGAUAGCAGCUUUGCCUUCAUGAGUCAGAAGCAGCCGCUAGAUUAUGUGAGCUGAAGGUUUGACCAACUUUGGUCCUGGACUUGCAUGUGCUGCAGGAGCAGAGUGACCUUUCUGGACGUUCCAGACUGACAGGGUGGAAGUCUAACCUGAGGAGGGAAAACAGUCCUCUGGAGGUUUUACGCAUGGUCUAAAGCAAAGAUCAUCAGCUUGGCAAAGCCCCCUUUCUCCCAAACUCAGGCUGCCAUUUCCUAGCCCUGCUUUUCCCAUCUGCUCUCCAAAGCUGUACUCACUUCCGAGGCACUCUGGGUUUGCUUUGUUGCCAUGGAGACUGUGGGAGCUUGGUGCUGGCUUAUUUGCUGAAGGAUUUCAUUUGUUGGGGAGCUGAAAUCAGCUGCUUCCCUGAGGUACUUAUAACCCCUCUUCUUGUUGAGCCUCUUGCCCUGCACUCCUGCCCUCUCCUCUCUCAGCAAGGCAGACAGUUUGUCACUUCUGUGCACAGGCAUCACUGUAGGCUGCUGUCCACUCAUUGCUAAGGCCACCAAGCAUUUAUCCACACCAGUACCAUAAACCCUGUAAGUCAGACCACCAGUUCCCUGGUCUGCCUGCUCCUAGGAUGCAUGAUCAGGAAAUAAAUGACUGCUUGGGAGAGAACUAAGCCCUAAAAUCCCUCAGGGUGGGUUUUUCUUUUUGGUUUUGUGGGUUGGUUGGUUUGUUUCUGCAUUGCCUGUCUCUGCCUUUCUGCUGCUAGUCAGCUGUACUUUGAGUGCUGGCUGUGAUGUGCAGCAGACACUGUUGACUUAGAAGGUCAAAUAGCAAGUCAAGGCUUUGCUCAUUCUUAGUACAUGUGGCCCUUCCGUGGACUACCUGUGUAUCUGUGCUGUGCAUGAGGCUGGGAGAUGGUGAACCUGGUUUUACUGUUUUAUAUUAACAUGUCCUUUUGUAAACAUGUUCCUGUUCUUGGAAUUAUUUUGUACCAGUUUACAUUUGUCUGAGGACUGUGGAUAUUUUUAUAAUAGUGCAAGUGCUUUCUGUAUAUUUCUGCACGCAUUAUACUGUGUUCUACUCAUUUUCUAGUGGAUGCUGAGAUGUUUUGUAUCAUCUCCUGUUAACGCAACACUGGGCUCAUAACUUUAUUUUACUAUGGAAAUCAACUAGUUCCUACUGGGUUUUAUAUUUUUUGCCAGCUUUAAUAGGCAGCAACAAUGCUAUUUAUUUUCUCACUGCUUCAUUGUCCAGGAAGUAGCUCAAGGCUUUUAUGUAUCUCUGUGCCACAUUGGCACAAUGCCACAUGCCUCCUGUUCUGGACAAUUUGUUAUGGUGACUUUCUCGUUACAGACAGCAGUAGGAAAGUUCGUCAAUGAAGACGUUCAUCAAUGGGCUGCAGGGGGGAAUACAUCUCUUUUGGAAAAGAAACAAAGAUUUUUCUGCUUCCCUGGAAAUAGUUUCUCUGUUGCAUGAUCUCUAGUGAGUUGGUAAAGAAAGCAUGAGGUUGUUAUACUGAAAUCAAUUGUAUUUGACUUGCAAAUUUUUCUCAAGUGUUUCUUUCUUCAGGUUUUACUCAUCAAUUUUAUUUCAGCAAGAGCCACACACCCAGGCUAGAAUUUUAAGGAGAAAAUUAUGACAGUGUUCAAGGUCUGUAGUUGCCAGUUGCAUAUCCCUCUCUGCUACUCAAAGAUGAGCAGUUUUGGUUUUGGAGCACUGAAGACACAGGAGGCUGUUAACAUGAUCAGAGCUUCUAAUGGAUAAGUCUUCAAUCCAGCCUUGCCCAUGGCUAUCCAGUUUUCCCAUGAAGAAAAUAGUUGUUAGCCGAUACAGGAGACAGCCUGUUCUUGUUCUUAGAUCAGUUCAGAUAACUAACCACGGUUACAUUUAAUAUGUUUACUGCUACCAGAGUGCCAAGGACUAAGCCCUAGAUGGAAACACAUGCUCUCCAGAGCAACAAUGGGCUAUAUUUGACAAGGAGCAAGACUGGACAAAAGGCUUGCUUUCUGGGGCUGGCAGUCAUGUAUCUUUCAUCCAUGCUAACAUCACAUGUAAGGUAGGACAAAAGAAGACAACCCCUGAGACAACUGAUAGCAAUGCUCUGUUCUUGGGUUCCUAUAUGCAGCUCCCCUCUGUGAUAGCGAAGGUAGAAUUGCUAUCAUUGCUGCUCUGAUAGGCUGUAUCCCAUACCCACUUUGGGUUCAGCUUUAUUUCUGUAUUGACACUGUGGCCUUCUUCAGACUUUUUACCUUUUGCAUGAUUGACAGAAAGGGGUCUGGAGGAGUUAAGGAAUAUUAGGCAUGGGGAUAAGAGGUAUCAGCUGGAAAAGCUGUUGGCCAGAUGUUUCUCUCUGACAAAGAUGUUGCUUUUAAAUCAGUUUGGCUCUGCUCUAACACUGACUUCAGUGGAUUUAUUCUGGGGAUGCGCUCUUGGUAUCAUACCCAGGACAUGUAUUUUUCACUGGUUUGAAUCUGUUUCUGUCCAAGUUUAUUCAAAGUUACUUUCCUAUACCUAUACUUGUAACUUGCUUAUGUAACAUACCCACUAUGUGUAAAAUUAUAUUUUCAUAGAAA